UCAGGGGCCGCGGCGCGGGCCGGUGACUAUGGCAACCGCUGCCCGGCAGCUGAGGCCGCAGGCUGGUCGCGCAGCGCGGCAGCAGGUGGCGGCCCGGGCCCAGCGAUGCCCAAAGGCAGGUUGGCCAACCCCAGCACCGAGCGGGACGGCGCUUGGUUCCCGCACCUUGGAAUAUUCCAUAGUCAACCUGAAUCGAUCACAGAGUGUAUGCUAAAACAGGUACAAAAUCCAGAAGAGGUUCAAUAUAUUCAGAAGAGAUUGCCACUAGUAUACAAAAUUCGGGAGCAGAAAGCAGUAAAAAAUCACUUUCCAUUUUCAACCCAUGACAACAGGCAUUGUUUACAGAAUGUGGGAGAGUACUUUGAUUUUAGCCUAGGACGAAAGAAGGUUGAACCAGAAAGAAGGCAACAGAAUUCACAAAACUUCUGUCUGUGGGCACAUGAAUACAUUCCUACUAGUCAUGAUGGUUUUACCAUUUAUCAAACAUCAUUCAUAGGUGAUCAAGAUACCAAGCGUCCUUUUUGUAGACGAUAUCCAAAACAGCACUUAGAAAGGUGCUACAUUUAUAAAUCUAUUCCUGAGAAUGAAAAACACAUGUAGUCAAACCACCUUGUUAAUUGCAGGAUUCCUUAUUUAGUAUUAAUUAUUUAGUGUUAUUUACUCCUUAUUUAUCAACAUCCUUUCUCUGGGUCUGAACCACUCUUACCCAUCAAACACAUGAUGGAAUAAAUAUCUGUGUAAAAUGGAUACUGCAGUACAUGUUGCAAAUAUUUACAGUUGGCAGGUUCAUUGAAAUUAGCAAUGAUCUUGCUUUUUGCAUUCUUUAGCUUUACUGAAAACUAAAAUUACUAUGAAAACAUAAGUUACAAUAAAGUAAGUUGUAAUGAAUCACAACAACAUUGGGAGGUAAAAUAUAGUUGUCUUUGUAUAGUUAUAUUUUUUUAAAAUAUCAAUAUUGGAAGAAGAGAGGCAGGCCCAGAUCCACAAGGGGACUUAAACGUUGCUCUGAGCUCACCUACCAGAUUGGUCAAGAUAGGUGGAGGGAAUCCUAUCUUCACCUGGUUUGAGGAUCCUCUGGGGCUUAGGCAUGAGAUAUUCACCUGGAUGGCUAGAGUGUAAGGCAUUGUGAGCAUGCCCAGUGGCAGAAACGUAGGCACCAAGGGAACUCUGACAGAAAAAAUUUAGGCACUGAGGGAUUUUAGGCACCUACUGGGUUAAGCAGCAGCCAAGCAGGAGUUCUGAGGCUCUCUGGUGUCUAAAUUUUGGACUUAGGUGCUGAAAGUGGAGUUAGGUCCUUUUGUGCUAAGUCCUUUUGUGGAUCUGGGCCACGGUGAUUAUACUUGUACAGUAUAAUUUGAAAUUGAUUUAUGCCUUUAGGCACAAAUCAUGGUCCAUGUCUCUGCUGGUGCAGAAGCUCCUCCAGCAGUGGAACCAGUAGCAUGAAGGGCAAUGUGCAGGAGUUGAUGGGGGCUGGGCAGUCAGGUGGGUACAGUGAAGCUGGAUCCUUGGGAAACACCCCCCCACACACACACACAGGAACCAUGUCAGGAUCAUACACUGUCGUUUCAGACAUGGGGAUGAACUUUGCUGUGCUGCAUCAUGGGUGUGAAGGGGGGAUUCCUCUCUUUACUUUCACCUCAACACAUACACCCCUCUGCCCAGGUUUUAAUGAUGAUGGAUAUGGCCCAUGAGAGAAACUACGUAAUAAAGCAACUGAAUUCUGUGUUAUGGUGUAAAAUAAAUGUGGGCAUAACAAAGAAGGAGAUGGACAGAAAGGGAUGUCACAGUGUGUGUAUGUGAUUAUAUAUAACGUUGAUAGUGAUAGGACCAGGAGGAAAUAAUUUAGGAAAAGGUUUAGAAUGGUAAGCUGUGUGAUGGCUUUCAUUGAGCUUAGGGUAGAUGGGGUCUGGAAAGAACUCAUGUUCUUAUGCUUAAACACCACCAGCAGCAAAAUAAACUAAAGAUUGAUCCUACAAGCCUUCUGCACAAGAAACUCCUAUGGAUUGCAACAUGUGGAAGAAUUGUAAGAUUAGUUCAAAAAACAAUGUGUUUUCCUUCUGCAGAGCAUUUUAACUCAUAUUUUAUCAUCGUUCCAAAACAGAAAUGUACACAUCUUAGAACAAUCUGUAAACAAACACAUUGCCAUGCAAAAUAGUGAAGAACAGGCAACUAAAGCACAAACGUAUAGGAAAGGUUGACUUGACUACUAAAUACAUUUAUUUCCACUUUGAAUUCACCGAGCUGGAAAGAUGCAAGAGUUAUUUUUGACAUAUUUUUAAUCUAUGGAUACCAACAUGCAAUGGAAAA